GUGUAUGGGUGAAUACGCCCUUGAAAACCGUGCUACAAAAAAUCUAAAGUCAGCAUAGCAACAACAUUUCGAACCAUAAAAUUCCUAUUGUAAGGAAUACUGAGUACUCUUUACUGCACGGAUGCCUUUAUGAGAUGAUUGAAGAGAAUGCACAGAGCUGUAAGGGUCGAGAAGGCAAGACAUUAAUCUAGAUAGGUUUGUUAGUUUCUUAGUGGUGCUUUAUCUUACUGUAAGAUGUUUACGAGAAGAUGGUUCCAUCCCUCUCUAAGCGGCAUGGAAGCCGAAAGACUCCUCAUGGAGUUAGGGCGCGACGGGUCUUUCCUAGCGCGACCCAGCAUGAGCAACAAAGGCGACUUCACACUGUCCGUGAGACGAGGCAAUGAGGUCACCCAUAUCAAGAUCCAGAACAAUGGAGAAUUCCUCGAUCUUUAUGGUGGCGAGAAGUUCGCAACGCUCUCCGAACUCGUUCUUUUCUACAAAGAAAAUCAAGGUCAACUGCGAGAAAAGAACGGUAAUGUCAUCAAACUACAAACACCCCUCAAUUGCGCCGAUCCAACUAACGAACGCUGGUACCAUGGACAACUGACGGCCAAGGAAGCUGAAAAAAUGAUGAUGGAAAACGGAAAGAAUGGCUCGUUCCUCGUACGUGAGUCUCAAAGACAACCUGGAGAUUUCGUCUUGUCGGUGCGCACCCGAGAUCGAGUAACGCACGUGAUUAUACGACGCAAUGGUGACCAUUACGAUGUCGGAGGUGGGCAACAAUUUAGUAAUCUUCACGAUCUCAUACAACAUUACCGCAGUUAUCCAAUGGUGGAAACGACAGGCGAAGUUUUAAGGCUUAUUCAGCCGUUUAACGCCACCCGCAUACAAGUCCGACAUUUCCUGUCCAGAGUUAAACAGUUACAGAGUGAAAAUGAAGGUCCUAUUGAAAGCAUGGCUUAUAAGCAAGGCUUUUGGGAAGAAUUUGAAACAUUGCAAAUGAUGGAAAACUUGCAGCUAUUCGACAGGAUGGAGGGUUCAAAGCCGGAGAAUAUUAGGAAAAAUCGUUACAAGAACAUCAUCCCGUUUGAUCACACGCGCGUCGUGUUGAGGGAUAUCCCUCCCGACGCUCCGCCGGGCGCUGAUUACAUAAACGCCAACUACAUUCGGUGUGACCACAUAGAGGCCACAAGUACAGAUUCUCUGGAUUCAGGAAUCGGAAGUACUGGCGGCAAUGAAAAUGGAUCUCCACAAGCCCGAAACGGCUCUCCGACUAAAGGCAAAUCUUCCCCUAUUCGUUCCACGAGCAUUGUAUCUGAAGAAAGCAUAAAGAAAGUAUUGGGAAAUCCUAAACCAGUGACACCUUUUGAAGUAAGCGUACUGCGGUCCAAUCCGAAUUACGUCAACACUACAAUACCGAAGACACUAGGCGAAGCAGAAAUGUGCGAUGCUGACUAUGUCUACAAUAAAAUCUAUAUUGCAACGCAAGGAUGUCUCUCGACUACUAUAUACCAGUUUUGGUCGAUGAUAUGGCAAGAGGACGUUCGCAUCAUAAUAAUGACAACGAAGGAAAUAGAACGUGGAAAGGUUAAAUGCGAGCGGUACUGGCCCGGCUUGCAUAAGACGGAUGUUAUAAACAAGAAAUUCACGAUUGUCAAUGAGUCCGAAUCGUCAACGCCAGAUUACACAUUAAGGCGAUUCUUGGUUACAAAAAAAGAAGAACCUAAUGUGAAAAGAACUAUAUAUCAUUUCCAUUUCACGGCUUGGCCUGAUCACGGCGUGCCGUCGGAGCCGGGUCGCGUAUUGAACAUCUUGCUUGAUGUAAACUUUCGUCUGCAGCAAAUAAUGACCGGUCCAAACCCACCCGCACAGGCCGUUGUCUGUGUGCACUGCUCGGCUGGAAUAGGUCGAACAGGCACUUUUAUAGUCAUCGAUAUGAUUCUGGACCAAAUACGGAAAGAAGGUUUCGACAGCGAGAUAGAUAUUCAUCGCACCGUGCAAAUGGUGCGAGACCAGCGCUCUGGUAUGGUGCAGAAUGAAGCUCAGUACAAGUUUAUCUAUAUGGCGGUGUUGGAAUUCAUCACAACGGAGAUGCAGAGAGUGGGCAUGAAAAUAUCCGAUAAGGACGAGGAGAAGAAGGAAAAGGAAAAUGAAAAAGAUAGAGAGAAAAAGCUCGUGGAGUCACCUCGCUCGAAGAACCAGCAGGCAUUUUUUCCGCAAACACGUUAAAUCGUAGAAAUUUGCGUCAAAAACUUGCUUACUACUGUAGGGUCUGUAGAGUGAAAUAUUUCCAGAUUCUUUAAUCUAUUCUAUUGUUAUUCGUUACAAAUACAACACCGUUUUGAUUAUUAUAGAUUUUAGCAAGGAGCGAUGUGGAUUGCAGUUUAUUUAUUUCGAUGGUAUGAUGGUACUACAUCGUGUUAAUGCUAUUAUUAAUUUUAUUCAAAAGACACAUGUUUAUAUGUGAGCUUUCUGGUAGUACAACGUUAAGCAAAUAUUGAUGUCAGGAAAUUGCUAUUAGAUAUACUGUAGGUACCUACAUCAUAUGAAUGCCAAGAGUGUUAUAGAAGCGAGUUGUUUUGAUUACUAUCAGACUGACAAUUAUUUUGCUUGGUCCAUUAAUGAGCAAUUGGUGAGCGUCGGAACAAAAACAGCACAAUUCACAUUUUGACUUUAUAAGUAGGUUCUUUGUAAGUUUCGUAAGUUUCUGUCUGAACAUAGUGCGACAAAUGCAUUCAAUGAGACUAGAAUCGACAUUCAACAAAAUUAGAAUCGAAAUUUUAUCUGUUUUUGUUCCGAUACUUCUCAGUUAUAAAAACAUUUGGAUCCUUCGUUGUAACAAUGAAAUAUAACAAAGUAAAUAAUAUGAACGAAUGGCAAUGACGAAUAAUAAUUUUUAUUGUAAUAAGUUUUCCGAAUGGAAAAAAUCUGAGACACAAUUUCGUUCUAUGAAGUGUUUUAUUAUUGUUGUAAAAUAUAUUAAUAUGUAUGUAUAGAUUUUAAUUGAAUGAGGCACUAAUUAGAACUCCUAAGUGACCACAAUUAGGCUUCAUAUUUUCCAUUUUCAUAUAAGGGCAAAGAUUUUUGAUUGUGCUAAAAUUAGAUUCACAAGUUGUAGUAAAUAAAUAAAAGUAAUAUUGUUGAAAGAUUGAAACAAGUUAACUAUUGGUAGUUAUGAGAAUAAUAUAUUUUAAAACGGUGAACAUCAAAAUUUAUUGUUGCUUUAAACUAUUAUUACACGAAAGUCAGAGGAGAUUGACUUCAACGUGAUCUCGAAUUGGAUUUUGAAUUCACGCAGUGUGCUUUAUUUCUCAAUAUUUCUAAAGUGUGCGCUUGCUGAGUUAUCGUAAAUAAUUAGAAGCGCUUAGACCGUAGGGUCGGCCAGAAACUCAUAAACGUAAUAUUUAAACGGCCCACUCAUUCCUUUACCUGAUGAUUGUGAACAGCAAUCAUAUGAUAUUUUUUUCCUUACAACUUAAAGUUUAAAACAAUAUUUCUGAAUUUAAAUACAUCUAUAUAUUUUACACAUACUUCUCUGUUCUAAAUAUGAUGGGCGUAUUUUUAUUGUCUGAAUUUGAUACUGAACUAUAUUUUUUUCAGUAAAUUGACUUACAGCAGUAGCAGAGAAAAAUCAGUAUGAAUUUGCAUUUUUACCUAAUUUGGUGGAGGCAUAAAAACCGUUACAGUGAAGUAUAGAAAUUGUUUGUAAGCGAUAGAUACUUUACUGCGUGUUAAAUAAGGGUAAUACGACAUUCAUCAGUACUUUGCAGUUGCGCACCCAUUGUACAAAAUUACAUAAUUGGAUGUCAAAAGUUUUUAACAUGGGCGCGCCACUGAAGCAUGUAGAUGAAAUAAAGUAUAUUCGUAAUGGUCCGCACGCACUGUUUGUACUGUGUGAUAACCGACAAUCUUGAAGUCUGUUAGUCACCGAUAUGCACUUAAGCAACGCGACAUACAAACGCGUGCGGAUCUUUAGUCUCCUCUAAAUUAGAUCGCUGAUAAGAUUGUCUACAAAUGAACUUUAAAAAUAUAAGUAUCAAAUAAUUGGAUAUCGCAUGAAAUCAGUUCUUGAAUGAAAUUUUUACAUUGAGGAUUACUUGUGUAAAUGGUUUUUUUUUGCAAUAAUAUCCAUCUUUGAUAGUUUUAUUCGUGCUUUUGAUGUAAGGAUCGAAAGUUUUAAUUCUUGUUAAAAUCUGAAGGAGUGCGCAUAUUUGACAGUACUUAUUUUCGAACGCGUCAUUUUCUCAUUAUUAGUUCGAAAUUAUAUUGAAUAGCCAGCACACUUAUUGUACUACAUUAUUGACAUUUUUGGGUGUUCUAUAGUUGCCGAUAGUUUCUUCUAAAAUUUAUUAAUAUGUAAUGUGUAAAGUUGGUGAUGUCACAAGGCCGAUGGCAGGCGGGUAUUAAGAUAGUACUGACAAACGUGCGUUCACCUUAAAGGCGAGGUGCUUUUGUGAAGUAUUUGGGCCAUGCAGCAGCAUGUGCGUCGGUGCGAAAUUUUUUUUUAUGGAAUUUAUUUUUUGUUUCCAAUUUUAGGUGAUAUUAUGUAUUACGAAGAUCAUUUUCAGCAGCGGAAUUUAUUGUAAGCAAUGUCGCAAGUCGAGUCCCAGGGAGUCGCCAAACUUAUCCACACCUAAUUGCAUUAUGCCGGUCGGAGAAAGUCUUAUGGCUCAAGACGAUUCUGUGCUAAUAAGUUUGGUGGUCCCCUUAACCCAAGUGUUCACGUCGAACGCUCUGCCAUACAUUUCUGUUGUAUGUACGUUGGUGUUUAAUAUUAUAUACUGUGAAAAAAACAAUGCAUAGAAUAGAUAUUUUUUUCAAAUUCGUUUGAAGAGUAACAAAACAAUAACAACUGCGAUAACAGUAGGUGUUUUACCUUUUAAAUGUAGGUUUAAAUAUUAAGUAAUCUAUGUAACUAUACAUUAAUACAUGCAUUCGGAAUGAAGGUGGUGAGAGAUGUAGCUCACGUUCGUGGCAUCCGUAGCCUUUAUCUACCGGAGACAGGCAUUAGUGUGUCAUCGUAAGAUAGCGUUAAAAGUAUUUUCGCGACAAAAAAUGUUUUUUAAUUUCGUGUUAUUCUGCAAUAUUUCUUUCUAAACCUCUGCAGGUUUAGAAAGGAAUAUCGGAGGCAAGAGUAGUUUUUCGAAAAUUUUGUUAACGCCAUCUUAUGACGUAUGUGUAACCUAGAACUCGCAGAAGUUAAUGUGAAUUUCUGUCGCUUUGGUUUUUUGUCUGUAUUAAUUAAUAUCACUUGUAGACACAACAAAAUGUCACUGCUGAACUACCAAUCACGUAACAAGUGCGUACAUUUAAAAAAGUUUAAAUCGAUAAAUUUUUAAAAUUUAAAAUAGGCCAAGUGAGAGGAAGAGGGUGAGGAGGAGGUAAAGCAAAUACGAAGUCUCAAGUUAACUUCUGCAGGUUGUAAUGUUCGAUUGGCGCAAACGUAAGCUAAAUAUAAGUUCAGUACAUCUUUUUAUGUUAAGUGACAGCAGAAAUUCAAUUUAUACAUGAUACGAAUACAUGCCGCCUAAAAUUAAGAAGUACUCAAUGGAUAUAUAGGUGCCUCGUGAGGUAACCUACAUAUAUUAUCUUCUAACCAUUUUUCCAAUUCCUUUUCACCCUUUAUGUGUUUUUCCUAAGUGCUUAGGCUGCUAACAAAUUGACUGCAUGUUUUCAUUUAAUGCGUGAUGGUCGUAAUCAACUUCAUGCAGUCGUGGUCUCGAUUACUUGAUUACGACUUCACGCAUUAACUGCAUGAAGUCGAUCUAGACUUCAUUAAGUUAAUGCGUAAAGUCGUUGUCCGAGACUUCGACUGCAAGAAGUUGAUAACGACUUGACGUAUUAACUCCAUGAAGUCGUUAUCAAUUUCAUUAGCAGUUAGCAGCCUUAUAGAUCUCGUUUUGUUAUGAUACGAACACGUGCAGUGAAGUGUCGAACUUAAAUUAUGUUUAAUUUGCGCGAGUAGGGAUAGAGAGAAAUGUCUACAAUCUACGAUUCGGCAUUGCUGAAAUGAUCUAAAGCUAUUUUACGUUGUUGGCAUUUUUAUUUAUACUAUAUUCCAAUGUGUAAAGCUGAGCUUAAGUAAUGCAUGGAGAAAAUAAUGAGAAAAUUUUUAUGUUAUCUGCUAAAGAUAUAUGUUGUGUUAUGUAAUUAUAAUAAUGAAUAAA